GAGCUCUGAUGUGUCCUUCCGCUGCCAACAAAAGAACUAGCCAGCCGACUACAAAAAAACGGCAAUCGGAAAAACGUACACUGUAAAUCUUCUGCAAUGAAACAGCUUUUCUAAGAAUUCACAUGUAUUUAUUUAAUAGAAACUUUUUUAUUUCUAGAUCUAUAUAUUUGUGGCGGUAGGAUAUAUAUAUUUUAAACCUCUACAUAUAUAUAUUUUUCCUCCGUUGGAAGCCAUGAUGGAAGCGUGAGAGAAACGCAAAAAGAAGAUGCUUCCCGGGACAUAUGUCAAACGAGUCUGUGUAAAUAUUUGGUCUUUGUAUAGCCAUUAUACAUGCACAUUGGAGCCUGACACUUUUUCGCGUGUAUUUUGGCAAUCCAUCGGCGAAGAUGUUGAUUCGCUAGGAGGUUUUGGGAUUUUUUAAAAAGUGGGUAGCUAUUGCAGCUCGCUAGAUGGCUAGCUAAAUCUGAGUGGAUACGGUAACUAAUUACUGCUUUCCAAGGGCCGGUAGUCUUCAAAUUCGAGCGAGCGCCGGAGAGUUAUCUCCUCGCUGGUCGGUCAAUCACGGCGGCUUCGGUAGAUCAAGAGAUUCGGACCGUCUUAUGCCUUACGGUUAGGCGGGAGGAUUAUUGUAUGUAUUUUUCAAGGGGGAGUUGCAAGACAAAUUCCAGCAUUGGGAAAGUUUGGCCUGCGCGGAAGAGCAGAGCAAGGCCCGUCUCUAUGAUCCAGAGAAAAAGCCAUUCUAGCUAGCUAACGCGUUAAUCCUACUCACGACGACAACCACUGCUGGCUUGUCUCACUGCGAGGAAGGAGCUGCAAAAUCAAAAAAGCAAAGGGCGAUCGAGAGGCAAAGCCAUUGCAAACCGAAGCAACGGCAGCUAGCUAACUUUUCAUAAUUUGAAACCCACAGACUCCUGUCACUAGCCAGCAAGCUAGUUAGCUACAAUGGCUGCGAUAAUAAAAGAAAUGGUCAGCCGGAACAAAAGGAGAUACCAGGAGGAUGGGUUCGACUUGGACUUAACAUAUAUCUAUCCAAACAUCAUUGCUAUGGGCUUUCCUGCAGAACGACUCGAAGGAGUGUACAGAAACAAUAUAGACGACGUUGUACGGUUUCUUGACUCAAAACAUAAAAGCCAUUAUAAGAUUUACAAUCUUUGUGUAGAACGACACUAUGAUGCUGCCAAAUUUAACUGCAGAGUUGCACAGUACCCCUUUGAAGACCACAAUCCGCCUCAGCUAGAGCUCAUCAAGCCGUUCUGUGAAGAUCUGGACCAGUGGCUGAGCGAGGAUGACAAUCAUGUGGCGGCCAUCCACUGCAAGGCAGGGAAGGGCCGCACUGGGGUGAUGAUCUGCGCCUACCUCCUGCACCGCAGCAAGUUCCAAGAGCCCCAGGAGGCCCUCGACUUCUAUGGGGAAGUGCGGACAAGGGACAAGAAGGGAGUGACAAUCCCGAGCCAACGGCGCUAUGUGUACUACUACAGCCACCUGCUGAAGAACAAGCUGGACUACAAGCCAGUGGCUCUGCUCUUCCAUAAAAUGGUUUUUGAGACGCUGCCAAUGUUCAGCGGCGGCACCUGCAGGGACAGUACCAUUAAAAACAGGAGCGAGCCGAUCCCUCUGGGCUUCAAGAAAGGGAAUUGGAAUUGGGAUCCUCAGUUUGUGGUGUAUCAACUUAAAGUCAAGAUCCACACAUCCAACCCGGCUCACACACGGAGGGAAGAAAAGCACAUGCUAUUUGAGUUUCCCCAACCGCUGCCCGUGUGUGGAGACAUCAAAGUGGAGUUCUUUCACAAGCAAAACAAAAUGAUGAAGAAGGAUAAGAUGUUCCACUUCUGGGUUAACACCUUCUUCAUUCCCGGGCCAUCGGAGGAGAGCAUGGAGAAGGUGGAGAACGGGUCGGUGGUGGUGGUGGUGAACGACAUGGAAGGGGUCCAGAACCAGCCCCCGGGCGGCCCCCAUGCCCAGCCCCCCCAGAGCACCAAGUGCAGGGACAGCGGCAAAGACAGUGACGGGGACUACCUCAUCCUCGCGCUGACCAAGAAUGACCUGGACAAGGCCAACAAAGAUAAAGCUAACCGCUACUUCUCACCUAAUUUCAAGGUGAAGUUGUAUUUCACAAAAACCGUGGAAGAUUCUUUGAAUUCCGAGGUGAGCACUUCGACAUCCGUCACUCCGGACGUUAGCGACAAUGAGCCUGACCAUUAUCGAUAUUCCGACACCACUGACUCUGAUCCGGAAAAUGAACCUUUUGACGAGGAACAGCACACGCAAAUCACAAAAGUGUGAACUUUUUUUAACAUGAAAAAGAUGUACACCAGAGGAAAAAAAGGAGAGAACUUGAAUAUGAACUCAAAAGAAGAACCUUUGUCCCCUACCUCCCCCAAAAUGGCAAUAGAGCAUCAUCAUGUCAAAUGCCAAUUUUAGUUAAAAAAAUUAUUAUCCUGACCAAUAUGUUUUUAUUAUUUUCUUUGGCGCGGCCGUGUACCAUGCGCAAAGUAUUGACACUGUUGGCCCAUGGGGAAAGGUGCUUGUGUAUGUGUGUGUGUGUGUAUGUGUGUAUAUAUGUGUGUGUGUGUGUGUGUGUGUGUGUGUGUGUGUGUGUGUGUGUGUGUGUGUGUGUGUGUGUGUGUGUGUGUGUGUGUGUGUGUGUGUGUAUAUAUAUAUAUAUAUAUAUAUAUAUAUAUAUAUAUAUAUAUAUAUAUAUAUAUAUAUAUAUAUAUACAUACAAAGUUUGGACACACCUACUCAUUCCAGGAUUUUUCAUUUUUACUGUUUUCUACAUUGUAGAAUGAUAGUGAAGACAUCAAACUAUGAAAUAACACAUAUGAAAUAAUGUAGUAACCAAUAGUGUUAAACAAAUCCAAAUAUAUUUUAUAUUUGAGAUUCUUCGAAGUAGCCAACCUUUGCCUUGAUGACAGCUUUGCACACUCUUGGCAUUCUCUCAACCAGCUUCAUGAGGUAAUCACCUGGAAUGCAUUUAAAUUAACAGGUGUGCCUUGUUAAAAGUUUAAGUUAAUGCGUUUCAGCCAAUCAGUUGUGUUGUUACAAGGUAGGGUUGGUAUAUGGAAGAUAGCCCUGUUUUGUAAAAGACUAAGUCCAUAUGAUGGCAAGAACAGCUCAAAUAAGCAAAGAGUCCAUUACAUGAAGGUCAGUCAAUCUGGAAAAUCUCAAGAACUUUUAAAGUUUCUUCAAGUGCAGUCGCAAAAACCAUGAAGCACUAUGGUGAAACUGGUUCUCAUGAGGACCGCCACAGGAAAGAAAGAAAGAGUUACCUCUGCUGCAGAGGAAAGUUCAUUAGAGUCACCAGCCUCAGAAAUCGGCAAUUAACUGCACCUCAGAUUGCAGCCAAAAUAAAUGUUUCACAGAAAUCAAGUAACAGAAUGUGUUCUUAACUGACUUGCCUAGUUAAAUAAAAUAAAUAAAUAGACAUCUCAACAUCAACUGUUCAGAAGAGACUGAAUCAGGUCUUCAUGGUCGAAUUGCUGCAAAGAAACCACUACUAAAGGACACCAAUAAGAAGAAGAGACUUGAAACACGGGCAAUGGACAUUAGACCGGUGGAAAUCUGUCCUUUGGUCUGGAGUCCAAAUUAGAUAUGUUUUAUUCCAGACACCAUGUCCUUGUGAGAUGCAGAGUAGGUGAAUGGAUGGUCUCUGCAUGUGUGGCUCCCACCGUGAAGCAUGGAGGAGGAGGUGUGGGGAUGCUUUGCUGGUGACACUGAUUUAUUUAAAAUUCAAGGCACACUUAACCAGCAUGGCUAACAAAGCAUUCUGCAGCGAUAUGCCAUCCCAUCUGGUUUGGGCUCAGAGGGACUAUUAUUUGUUUUUCAACAGGACAAUGACCCAAAACAUACCUCCAGGUCAAAAAGGGCUAUUUGACCAAGAAGAAGAGUGAUGGUGCUGCAUCAGGGGCGGCAGGUAGCCUAGUUGGGCCAGUAACUGGAAGGUUGCUAGAUCUAAUCCGUAAGCUGACAAGGUAAAAAUCUGCCGUUCUUCCCCUGAACAAGUUAAAUAAAAUGAAAAAUCAGAAGACCUGGCCUCCACAAUCACCUGACCUCAACCCAAUUGCGAUGGUUUAGGAUGAGUUGGACCACAGAGUAAAGAAAAAUCAGCCAACAAGUGCUCAGCGUAGGUGGGAACUCCAAGACUUGGACAAGCAUUUCAGGUGAAGCUGGUUUAGAGAAUGCCAAGAGUGUCAAAGCUGUCAUAAAGGCAAAGGGUGGCUACUUUAAAUAAUCAAAAAUAUAUUUUGAUUUGUUUAACACUUUUUUUGGUUACUACAUGAUUCCAUAUGUUAUUUCAUAGUUUUGGUGUCUUCACUAUUAUUCUACAAUGUAGAAAAUAGUAAAAGUAAAGAAAAACCUUGAAUAAGUAGGUGUGUCCUAACUUGACUGGUACUGUAUGUCUCUCACUACAUGACCAAAAGUAUGUGGACAUGUGCUCAUCGAACAUCUCAUUCCAAAAUCAUGGGCAUUGAUAUACAUUUGGUCCCCCCUUUGCUGCUAAUACAGCCUCCACUCUUCUGGGAAGGCUUUCUACUAGAUGUUGGAACAUUGCUGCAGGGACUUGCUUUCAUUCAGCCACGAGCAUUAGUAAGGUUAGGCACUGAUGUUGAGCGAUUAGGCCUGGCUCGCAGUCGGCGUUCCAAUUCAUCCAAAGGUGUUCGAUGGGGUUGGAAGCACAGAAUCGUCUAGAAUGUCAUUGUAUGCUGUAGCAUUAAUAUUAUCUUCACUGGAACUAAGGAACAUUAUUCCUCCUCCACAGAACUUACAAGUUGGCACUAUAUGCAUUGGGGCAGCUACUGUUCUCCUGGCAUUCUCCAAACACAGAUUUGUCCGUCAGACUGCCAGGUGAACGCGUUUCCACUGUUCCAGAGUCCAAUGGUGCUGCGCUUUACCCCACUCCAGCCAACGUUUGGCAUUGCACAGGUUAUUCUUAGGCUUGUGUGCGUGCGGCUGCACAGCCAUGGAAACCCAUUUCAUGAUUCUCCCGACGAACAGUUCUUCUGCUGAUGUUGCUUCCAGAGUUAGUUUGGAACUCUGUAGUGAGUGUUGCAACCCAGGACAGAUGACUUGUACACGCUUCAGCGGUCAUGUUCUGUGAGCUAGUGUGGCUUACCAUUUCAUGGCUGAGCCUUUGUUGCUCCUAGACACUUCACAAUAACAGCACUUACAGUUGACAGGGGCAGCUCUAGCAGGGCAAAAAAAAUACUAACUGACUUGGUGGAAAGGUGGCAUCCUAUGACUGUGCCACGUUGAAAGUUACUGAGCUCUAAAGUAGGGCCAUUCUUAUGCCAAUGUUUGUCUCUGGAGAUUGCAUGGCCGUGUGCUCUAUUUCAUACACCUGUCAGCAACAAGCGUUGCUGAAAUAGCCGAAUCCACUCAUUUGAAAGUGUGUCCACAUACUUUUGUAUAUAUUGUGUGUGCAGUGCUUAAUUUGCGCUGGAUCAACUCUGUUUUGGACUAUUUUGUUUCUGGAAAAUAUUUGGCCAGAUCCAGUAACUCUCAGUUGCAUGACAAAUAAUUGUACAUUUUUGCAAUGUUAAAAUUCGAACAAAAGCGCUAAGUUCAUCCGAGUUGCCAAUUCGUUAAUUAUCCUGCCCCAACAAUGUAAUGUGAAAAAUAAAAUUUUCAGCUCCGG